GGCAAACAAACGAGCAUCGCUUGUGUUUGUGUCUUUUUUUUGCACGUUUCCUACACAACUCUCCCCAUAAUCGCAUAGUUUAAUCAAAGGUGACACCAUGCCCGUCAUCUGCGCGGUGAUAGGAUGUAACAAUAAGUUUGUGAAGGGCUCUGAAAUAAGAUUUUACAGGUUCCCACUGAGCAAGCCUCAACUUGCCUCAAAAUGGGUGCACAGUCUGGGGAUGAAAAACUUCACCCCGACCGCCAACACCUGCCUCUGCUCCGAGCAUUUCCGGCCUGACUGCUUCAGGGACUACAAUGGAAAGCAGUUUCUGAGGGAGGAUGCAGUGCCCACCAUAUUUAACCAGGGCCAAGAUACAUCAAAGAUUGAACUUAGAAAACGAGGGGUGGUACCAAAGGAGACGAACACCACCAAUCAGGUGGCAACACAAGCAGACAGAGACCGAGCGAGGGAGGCCGGUCUACGCAGAGAAAAAAGAGGCGGAAUGAGGGGGGGACGAGGCGGCCGUGGAGGAAAACAGAUGUCUGACAGGCAAACCGUCGGAGGCAAGAGCAGAGUGUACGACGGCAAAGGCCGACUGCUGAGCAACGGCAAGGACAUGUGUGACUGUCUGGAUGUGGAUUGUAUGGGCUGCUUCUACCCGUGCCCUGAGUGCUGCUCGCGCAAGUGCGGAGUGGAGUGCCGCUGCGACAGGAAGUGGCUUUACGAGCAGGUGGAGGUGGAGGGCGGAGAGAUCAUCCGGAACAAGUUUGCUGUGUAAUUAGCAGUGAAUCUUUGGAUUUAAAGGCUCAAUCAUGAAGUCAGGGGGCUUCUGGGAACUAAAACCUGAGUAGAGCUGAUGGACCGUUCAAGACUGUGAAGGAAUCUUCAAUAAAGUUCACUGAUAUUUAUUAGGUUUUGCAGUCUCUGCAUACGCUAGAGAGCUGUGCAGAACAGUGUGAGUAUUCUGUCCAAUGUUGCAUGUUCAUUUUUAUUGCUCAUAGAAACUUUAUUACUGUAAAGCUUUUUUCUUUCACCAGUAAAACAUUUCUUAUGUGCCAAUCUGUGCUAAUAAACAAUGUCCUCAAUGAUAUAUGGCUGCACUGCUGAUGUGCUCUAACAUCUGCAGAAGUGGGAAUAAGUGAACCUCAAGUUUUUAGUGCAAUUGUCUUAACCUGUCUUAGUUAAAUCCCAAAUUGUACUUUAUUCCUCAGUUUUGUCUGGUUUUACACAAUUCAAUAUCCUAAAUUUCGACUUGAAUUAUUUACAGGAGAGGAUAAAAUACAAUAAUCAUUUUACAUUUUAAAAGAAAACUAACUUUAGGUCAACAAAAAUAGUUUUCCAUAAUCUGUGGUUCAGUUAAUUUUACAACGUGAUGUUAAUUAAUGAG